UUGGGUGGUCGGCCCAGCGUAGGUGUCUCGUAGUCCUGGUCUUGCCGGUUUCGAGGACCAGCUAUCAUCACCAUCGUCCCCCCCCCCCCCCGGGGAAAUUCUCUGUUCCUCAAUCCCAGCUAGAAAAAAAUCGAGUCUUUCGACGCCAAACCCUUAGCUCCAGUUGAAGGAGCUGCGAGAUUGAAGGUCCAUCCGGAAGCGAUUCAUCCUGCUUGCCGAGACCAAUUGACUGCUUCGAGUUUGGGUACGCAGAUCAUGUGUAGCAGAAAAAGAGAGGAAGAUUGCCUAUAUCAUGCGUUAAUCUCAAAAAGAGAGGGGAAUAUUGCCAUUGCCAUGCCAUCCUCUGCUUGCAACCAGAGGAAGAAGGCCGCAUUUUCCGGUGGUGGUUCGCUCCCGGAUGAGAUAAUCAUGGAGGUGCUACUGCGGCUCCCUGUCAAAUCCAUACUCCGCUUCCGGGCCGUCUGCCGCUCCUGGGCUGUGUUCUUCUCCACUGAGCAGUUCUGCAAUCUCCACAUGGCGACCCCCAAGAUAGCACCGCUGAAGCUACUGUUUGUCUCACCCACAUCAAGACCCGGCUCCACGGAGGUGUUCUCAUGCUCCCCGUCAGGCCCCAAAGAUGACCUGCUGUUCACCCUUGACUCUGCCUGCGGCAACUCGAUGCAGGUUGUCAUGCCAGCGCCGUGCCAUGGCCUCACCCUUCUGUUUGAUGCUGUUGCGCCAGCUUACUACAUCUGCAAUGCAGCCACACGAGCAGUAACACGUCUGCCACCUUUCCGUCACUCGGUCAGGUGUACAUCUACCGGGCUGGGAUUUGAUGCCUGGACAAGAAAGUACAAAGUGGUCAGACUGAUCAAAGGGUCACGCCAUGACAAUGAGUCCGUAAGGUGUGAGGUAUACACACAUGGAAGUGGUUAUGGGGAUUGCUGGAGGCCGCCUACUGGAGGAAUACCCUUUGGAUUGUGCAGGUUUGCAGGUGCUGCUGUUAAUAAUGCGGCAUUCUUCAGUCUACCACCUGUGUUUGCAAACGGACACCUGCACUGGUUGGUCCAGCCUUCUUUGUUCUCCAAAAAGCCAAGAGCUGCUGUGAUAUCAUUUUCUCUUGCGGAGGAGACCUUCAGUUUUGUUGGGCCACCACCGUUCUGGACAUCAGAAAUGUACUCAUCCACACCAUUGUCUGCAUCAGGUCCAGAGUUUGUCCCCUUCUGCCCCGGGACAUUAGGAGAACACCUAGUGCAGAUAGAUAACCAACCGUGUAUGGUCCGAGACCUUCGAUAUAAUCGUAAUGGUGGUUGCAUUCUGGAGAUAUGGAAAUUGCCGGAUCGUAGCUCUUGUGCGUGGUCACUGAAUCAUCGCAUUUCUUUGUUAGGGCGUGUGGCAACAGAUUUACGUCAGCCCAAGGUUGUGAGAGUUAUUGGUUCUACAUGCACUAGCAUGUCAACAAAGAAGAUCCUCAUCGCUACUAGCAUGCACAAGAUCUGCGACAAGUUUCAGAAGAAGGUUUACACCUAUGACCUUAAUUCUGAAUCUUUAGAGACCAUUCUUUCAAUCACCGAGGCACAUGCAUCGCUUGAAGGCAUGAAUCCAAGUUCAAGAUUCAGUUUAUUUGAAGAGAGCCUUGCCCCGGUGCAUGAAACAGUUGAAGAGAUAAAAUUGUCAACUACUCUGCCUCCCAACCGAAACUAGAUGGUAUCCAUUGAGCUUGUACGAUGUCGAUUUUCAUGUUUUUUCCCUGGCAUCUAUUGACCCCUUUUGUAAGAGCAGUCGUUCCUUUUUGCUUUGAGAUGUUGAUUAUCAUUUAGCAUGCAGAAGUUAUUUCAUGUUUC